GUUAAUAGGAAGCUUUUCAAGAAAGGAGUGAACUGGAUUGUUUUCUUGAAUUACCUGUGUUUGUUCUUUGGUACAGAGUCAAAGGGGCGAUCUGGUUCACCUUGACAAGCACAUCGAUAUUACGGCCUGAAUCUGCCUUGGAGAGUUUUCUAUUGUUAAUUUCCCGGUACAAGACCUGGCGUGCCCGAGUCUGUCUAUUGGGCUGGUGUCUUCCAUUCUGUUAUUGUUAGAAGCUGCUUGCUUGUGAAAGAUUGUUUCUCAGUCGACCUGAGGAGUUGUCAAAACUAAAAGUUCUCUUCUGGAAUAAUGUGAAGUUGGUAGUAGAGAGCAAGGAAGUAAGCAGACCUGCAGUAGACAAAAUCGUGUUUAUUUGUUUCGGUAAGAGCAGUGACACACAGCCCAGGAAUCUGGCAUCCUUCUGUCCAUUUGUUUGAGAAGAAACUUGUGAAGAAAAGUUUCGGUUUCUACCCUCCAAACUGGAAAGUAUCUGUUGGCGUAACUGUGGUCGCUGACAAACUGAUCUUCUGGCUUGUCCUAAAUCUCAAGGACAAAAGAGUUUUGCAGUGUUUUUGAACAGUGAGGUGGAACCAUCGAACUCUCCAUUGUGAGUUUAAUUAAAGGUAUAUCCCACGAGGCUUCGAUUCGAGAGCUGCGUAAGAUUUUUAACAUAAAUAUAACUUUACAUUUUGUAAACUAGGAUUAAUCAUGGCAGAACCUUCUAUUAAAAAGGAAGAGCAGCAGUCCUUGCGUUCGCUCGACUCGCUGGAUUUCAAUGCAGUCGCCGAUUUUUCAGAUCUUUCUAUCAGAGAUCUUACCUUGCUGAUGGAACACAGGGGACAAGAAGCAAGAGAUUACUUAAAUUCAAACUUUGGAGGCGUGCAGAAGCUUGUCCACAAGCUGCACACUUCUUCUGAGAGAGGAAUUGGUGGAUUUCCCGAAGACCUUGAAAAUCGCAAGGCAGUGUUCGGUUGUAAUUUCAUUCCACCAAAACCUCCCAAAACCUUUCUCCAGUUUCUUAUUGAUGCUUUCAAGGAUAUCAUCCUUAUAAUUCUGACCGUUGCAGCGGUCGUAUCCCUAAUGUUAGGAAUUUUUGCGCCAGAGGAGUGCGAGGGGUCGGAAGACAACACUGGCUGGAUCGAUGGCUUUGCUAUUAUUGUUGCAGUGAUAAUAGUGGCAUUAGUGACUGCGGUGAACGAUUAUCAAAAGGAGCAGCAGUUUCGAGGCUUGCAGAAUAAAAUCGAGAGCGAACACAAAUUUACAGUUGUGAGGCAUGGAGAACCUAUUGAAGUACUGAACAGCGAAAUAGUGGUGGGUGACCUUUGCCAGGUCAAAUAUGGUGAUUUAUUGCCAGCUGAUGGUGUUGUUGUUCAGUGUAAUGACUUGAAAGUUGAUGAGAGCUCUCUGACAGGAGAAUCAGAUCUUGUUAAGAAAGGACUAGAGAGAGACCCACUGCUACUUGCUGGAACCCACAUUAUGGAGGGAAGUGGCAAGAUGGUGGUUUGUGCUGUGGGAGUGAAUUCACAGACAGGAAUAAUCUUUUCUUUGCUUGGAACACAUGGUGAUAAAGGAGAAGAAAAGCCAGAUGGGAAGGGUGAAGAAGCACCACAGUCACCAUCCAUUAAAGCCAGUAAGGAUGACUUUGAGGAUAUCAACUUGGAUGAGGAGAAAGAUUCUGAUUCAAAUGGAAAGGAGAAGAAAGACAAGGAUGAGAAGUCCAUCCUUCAAGGAAAGUUAACAAAACUGGCAGUCAGUAUUGGUUGGCUUGGUGUGGCUGCUGCCCUCCUAACAAUUAUUGUCAUGGUCUUGCAGUUCAGCAUCAGAAAGUAUGUCAACGAGAAAGCUUCUUGGCAAAGUGAGCACUUAAAUGCUUACGUCAAUGCCUUUAUUACUGGUCUGACAGUGUUAGUUGUAGCUGUACCUGAGGGUCUGCCACUGGCUGUUACAAUUUCUUUGGCAUACUCUGUUAAGAAAAUGUUGGAUGACAAUAAUUUAGUCAGACAUCUUGAUGCCUGUGAAACCAUGGGAAAUGCAACAGCCAUCUGUUCUGACAAGACAGGAACUCUAACCACAAAUCGCAUGACUGUAGUUCAGAGUUAUCUAGCAGACAAUCAUAACAAAGAAGUGCCAAAACAAGGACAGCUGCCACAGACACUGGUUGAGUUGCUCUGUAAAGGAAUUGCGAUAAACAGUAGCUACGCUUCCAACAUACUGCCUUCAGAACUUCCUGAUGGUCUCCCAACACAAGUUGGAAAUAAAACUGAAUGUGCAUUGCUUGGCUUUGUGCUUGAAAUUGGUGAAACUUAUCAAGAUUACCGAGAUAAUAACCCAGAGUCUAGUUUUGUCAAGGUCUACACUUUUAACUCUGCAAGGAAAUCCAUGACAACAGCUGUACGUCUCCCUGGUGGAGGAUUUCGAAUAUAUUCCAAGGGUGCAUCUGAGAUAAUGUUGAGUCGCUGUACAUCUGUCAUUUGUAAAGAUGGUGAAAUCAAACCCUUUACAGCUGCUGAUACUGAAAAGAUGGUGAAAGAUGUAAUUGAGCCAAUGGCCUCUGAUGGUUUGAGGACCAUCACCCUGGCUUACAGAGAUUUCCCAGCCAAUGGAGUUCCUCCUGAGAAAGUUGGAGAAGCUAGUGCAGAAAUAGAGCCAGACUGGGAAAAUGAAGGUGAAGUGUUGUCUAACAUGACAUGCAUUGGAGUUGUUGGAAUUGAAGAUCCUGUGCGACCUGAGGUACCAGAUGCAAUUUUAAAAUGCCAGCGUGCAGGAAUUGUUGUGCGCAUGGUUACAGGUGAUAAUGUAAACACUGCCAGAUCCAUUGCUUUCAAAUGUGGCAUCCUGCAACCUAACAGUGAAUUUCUUGUACUGGAAGGCAAGGAGUUCAACAAACUCAUCCGUGACUCUUCAGGAAAGGUUAGCCAGAAGAAGUUUGAUGAAGUGUGGCCCAACUUACGUGUAUUAGCUCGAUCCUCACCCCAGGACAAGUACACUCUUGUCAAGGGCAUCAUUGACAGCAAGCUUAAUCCAACACGGGAAAUUGUGGCUGUGACUGGUGAUGGUACCAAUGACGGUCCAGCACUGAAGAAAGCUGAUGUUGGCUUUGCCAUGGGUAUUGCUGGAACAGAUGUUGCUAAAGAGGCAUCUGACAUCAUUCUAACUGAUGAUAACUUUAGGAGCAUUGUUAAAGCUGUUAUGUGGGGGCGCAAUGUCUAUGACAGCAUCUCAAAGUUUCUGCAGUUUCAGUUGACUGUGAACUUGGUUGCUAUUGUUGUUGCCUUUAUUGGUGCUUGUGUUGUUCAGGUAAGUCCUCUGACUGGCACACAGCUUCUUUGGGUGAACCUAAUUAUGGACUCCUUUGCAUCACUGGCCUUAGCUACAGAGCCACCAACAGAAGACCUCUUACAACGCAAACCCUAUGGACGCACCAAACCACUUAUCUCACGAACAAUGAUUAGAAACAUUCUUGGUCAUUCAAUAUUCCAGCUGAUUGUCAUGUUUGUCCUGGUAUUCCUGGCAGAUGAUUUAUUUGAUAUAGAAGACGGUUACUUGGAAACAACACGCUGUAAACCAACAGCUCACUCUAGCAUGGUUUUUAAUACAUUUGUUAUGAUGCAACUCUUUAAUGAAAUUAAUUCACGUAAAGUUCAUGGAGAGAGAAAUGUGUUCUCUGGUAUUACCCAUAACCCAGUGUUUCUUAUUAUCAUGGCAGGAACAUUUGUAGUGCAGAUUCUAAUAAUUGAGCUGACUGGUAAAGCCUUCCAUGUAACAGGACUGGGCUGGGAGGAAUGGCUUUGGUGUGUCUUCCUUGGAUUUUCUGAGUUGCUAUGGGGACAACUUGUCCUUACAAUUCCCAAGACAUCAUUCCCAAAGCUUUGUCGAUUUGGUACAAAAGAACUUCCCCUUGCGACAAUAGUGGAACCUGAUGGACCAAAGGACAGCAAGGCUCGUCUGUUGUGGAUACGUGGGCUGACGAGAUUGCAACACCAAAUCCGAGUGGUAAAUGCAUUCAGAAGUGUUAUUGAUGGACGAAGUCAAAGAGCCAUUGCAUCUCCAGCAGUAUUUAAUUCUUUGCUAGCCCCUGUGCGAACAGCAAUGGUCUAUGAUGAUUCACAGUAUCCAUCUGCCUUGGAUAGCACUGAGCCUGGAGCUGAAGCAAUACAGCGGUAUGCAAGUGUGGAAAGCUCUGUCUAAGAUGCGAAAUUUAGUGUUGUUAUAACAUGAUUGAAAUUAUUGUCAGUAAAUACUAGUGAAAGGGUUUAUCACUUUAAAUGUCUUACAUGUUCAUUACUAUUAGAUUAGUGCUUGAUCACUAUCAUUAAGGUCACCUGGCAUUGCUGGUUCUUUCAUGAAAUUCAACAGGCCACUUUUUUGUUGGGCUUAAGUAACUCUACACUGAAACACAGUAAAGCUAAUUCACAGGACAUUGAGGCACUUGAUGUGCUCUAUGCUCUAUGUUGCUACUGAUCACUCUUAUCAGCCUCUGUAUUGAAAAUCAAAAGUAGAGAAAUAACUCUAACUUGAGAACUAACCAUACUCUUUUAUGAAUUAAACUAUCUCUGAUAUAACAUUUUCUUAAUCUAUGCAGGUGAUCAUGAUUGCUGUGGAAGUCCGUGUGGACAGAUUAAAAUUCUCCUUCUCUGUCUUAAUCCUUUUGGUCUCCAGAGUAGAUAGAACCAAGUAUAAAAUUUUAACUGACAGAUGUUUAAAUCUAAUUUGCAAGCAGUUCAAGUCAACUGAGUCAUAGUAAAGAGUACAAAAUGAUUAAGUAGCCCUUUCCUUUUAUACUUUAUCUCUUGCUCAGGAAAGCCGUUGAAUGUCUCACAGAUUGCUUAUGACAGUGGUUUGAAAUUCAGUGGUUAAUAGGAUCAGUAUGCAUUGAUAUCAGAAAAUUAAUUUGUUUGGAAUUUUUUUACCAGCUUUACUCUUAACAUCUCCUCUAUGCUAAAGGUGCUUUUCCCAUUGCUGUUGUACUUCCUCACUUGAAGUGUCAAAAACAGUGAUUAAAUUAGUACAUUGGCUUUUUAAUUUUUUCCUCUUACUUUUCUCUGUAUCCUUUAAGGUAACCUUCCUUAUACUUCACUCUUUAUACCAUGAUCGACAUAGCUAUGAUUGAGUUUUCUGGAUCCUUAGUUAACUGUCAGAAAGUAUUUCCUUAUUUUCAUUGAGUGUUGGAAGAGUUUUCAGAACAAAAUAAGUCAACAUGCUGCAAUUACUAAAGGGAUUGAAUAUUUCAUUUAUAUGUAGAGAAUUCUUAGUAGGUUCCUUAAGGACAGAAUGAUAUUUUAAUCUGUUCAAAACCAUUUGAAAUCAUUUGGCAAAAGAUCAACUGUUUAACUAAAAUGUAUAAUUUUGGUGAUAUUUAUGUAAUUAUAUAUUGAGGCUGAAAUUACAAUGCCAUUUUUGCAUUGUAUUGUUUCAAGGGUUGGUCAGAACUUUACCAUUCACAAAAUCUCAAGGAUUCUACCAGAAAUUUUAGGAAUUGAACCCAUUUGUUACUUUUGCACCUUGCAUUUUACAUUUUUUUAAUUGUUUUCUCAGACUGGCACUUUCACACCAGGAAAUUUAGACAUAGUUUAAGUGUUAAUUUUGUUUCUCUAUUGGGGCCAAGUGGUAAACUAUGGAUGGUUCAAAAGAAUCAUCUACUAAGGGAGAAAUGACAGGUCAAUUCUUCCUCUCUUUACCAAUGAAAUGUGGAGGAAGCAGUUUUCUUGAAACAUGAGCCAAUCAUUUUAAGAUGACAAAGGUUAAACUCCUUUAUGUAUUUAGAAAGUUUCUUGUUACAAAGGUAACUGAGAGCUACUAAUAGUUACCUGUGGAACUUACCCGACUUCAGAAGCUUUCUAGAUAAAUAUGCUGAUGUCAAACCAAAAUCUAGUUAAGAUGGCACUAAGGUGGUAGUUUUAGAUAUAAUUAACUUAAAUUUCAGUUAUAAACAAUAGUGGAGUUGAGGUCUUUUCUAGAUCUUACUAUAGCAACAGUGUAUUCCUUAUAGCUGUCUGUAUUUCUAUUUUUUUAAAAUUGAUUGCUCCAAACGGCAUUUCAAUAUUUGGAAGUUAAGAUGAACGAGUUGUCUAUUUUUAAUUAAUUAUUUAUUUGCUGUACCAUGAUUCAAGGCGGGAUUCAAUGGAGAGUCUCGCCAUAGCGUACUGAAGGUACUGUAGUAUUACCAAUAGGAUCCUUUGCAUUAUCAUUAUGAUAAAGAUAUUAUAGGGAACUCCCGUGUAACAUGCGUAAUAAAGGAUAUAAUCUUA